GAUGAUGUCAUCAGCAAAACACAACAACAUAACUGUUUUGUCGGCUUGCUAUGUGGCCUAGCUAUCCUGCUAGUUAGAUUGCUAACUGUCUUAAACCAAAAAUAUUGGUAUACGUAAGUUACACGAUACAGUAUUUUACGAAUCUUCUAAAUGAAUCUUCUAAAUUGCUAACGCUAAUCAUAAAUGACUAAAUUCUAGCUACGUUACGCUGGCGUCCAGCAAACAAACUGGUUUAACGCGUUGGCUACAGUAGACUAGCUUGCUUGCUAUGUCUGCUAGUGUCGCAUACUAGCUAAUAUUGUUAAUAAGAAACAUCACACGGCACACGUUUACCCAGCUUGUUAGAUACGUUUGCUGGAAAAGUGUCUUUAAGUUUAUGGCAAAGCAAUCUUCCGUACCCAGCCAACCAUCACAGUGCAAACUUAAAGCUCUACCUUGUUUUCGGUUCUCACUCAUAUUAUAAAAAUCAAGAUGGCAGGCCUUUGGGAACCACCUCUAGAAGAUGAGAGUUGAGAUAUUGAGGAAAUUGAGCACCAAUGAACCUCAUGUCUCCCAGGAAGAGGCCUCUGGUCCCGGUCAGUUCCAGGCGGAGGGCCAAAGCAGAAGAAGACUUCUUCCCUUUCAAUCUGCUGCCCGUGGAGUGUCAGCUCCACGUGUUGUCCUUCCUCGGCGAGGUAGAUAAGUGUAACUCGGCGUUAGUGUGCUCCAGCUGGAGUUGCCUGGUACGUUCAUCGAAGUUGUGGCGGGUUGCCGACUUCUCCCGCCGCGGGGUGUUCCACCUGGGCCAUGAAGGACUGCUGGUGUCCAACCGAGAGUUUGAACGCUGGAAAAACUGGGUGCACCACUACACACACCACCUCAUUUCCCGUAGAGCCAGCCUGCUCACCCUCAAAGCCAGCUUUGAUCUUGGGGACCAGUGCAAUAACUGGGGGCAGCUGCUCUGCCGCCUGUUGGAUAAUGUCCACUGCAGAGACCUCAGCCACCUGGACCUGAACUGGACCUUCACGCUGCUUGUUCCACUGGACCUGCGUGUCCACUCCAGCUCUCACCAGGACAGCAUCACCAAGAUGGAGCAGGUCUCCAAGUUCCAGGAGCUUCUCGCAAAGCUGACCCACAGCUGCCCUCGUAUCUCCAAGCUGCGCCUGCACUUUGACUGGUCCGAGAACUCUGUGCUCCUGCUCUCCCAGUUCCAGCAGCUGCGCGUCCUCGAGCUCAAGUACUUCUGGGUCUUCAGAGGCGUGAGCCCUGGCACCCUGCACACCCUCACCAAGUCCCUGCCCAACCUCAAGUCGCUGACCUUGCACAUCUUGGUGCCCUUGAGGAACCUGGGCAUCUCCUACACCCUGGAGUCAGACUCCCUGGAGUUCCUGGAUGUGUCCCCCAGCCGGGGCCUGGUCUUCUCCCGUCUCCAGCUGCCGGCUCUUCGGGAGCUGAGGGCCAAGAAGAUUGUCCGCGGCAUCACCCUGGACCGGAGGACUCGGCUGCGCAUCCAGAGCCGGUGGCCCUGCCUCCACCAGGUGCUCCGGGAGGGCACCCCACGGCUGCAGGCGCUCAACAACGAGAGGCUGAUUCCCACCUGGAGGGAUGAAGGCUACAGAGAGCUGUCGUCCAUUUUGCAUCAGUCCUGCUACUGUCUACAGCACCUGGACAGCUGGCUGUGGUAAAAUUGUCACACCUGGACUUCUCUGGUGGUUUACUUGGCCAAAGUUUACCACUGUUUUUGGUAAACCAAAGGACGUUAUUGAAAACUUAUUAAGCUAGUUGGGGUGUAAUAGCUCUUUGUCAUCUGUCUAAACUAGCAGAGGUAUAGCUGAUAACAAACCAGUCAGGUAAAGGGUUGAAACUGUAUUAAUUAACAUGGCAAGUUUUUUGACAUGCCGCUAGCCACCCUGCUAGGAUGGUUAAGCUGAGAAAAGUCAGGAAUGCUGGCCUAAUCAGGGAUCACGCCAGUCUUGGCCUCUUAGAAAACAUUCCUUCACCCUUCCUUUGAUCAAAGUUAUGGGGGUGUUAGUCACUCAUCAGUCUUUACUUUUAUAGAAGACUUUUGUACAGAAAUGAUUAGACAACUUACUGUGAUGCCUGAGUCCUUCCAAGGGUCCGUUCAUUUCUAGCCAAAAUUAUUUCACUCACAGGAGUGAAGAGAAGUUGCUUGAGCUGAAAUUCUGUUGAGUGGUUAGUCCUGAGAUGGUGUUUUACAGCUGGUCUCACUUACAACAACCAGGAUGAAGGGCUUAAUGUCAAAUGUUGGUCUUGUUGUUAGAAUUGAUGGGUGAGACCUUUUAAGGUGACUUGGCAUUAUAUUUAUAGCUAGUGGAAAUUAUGCUUUAAUUACAAGCUUGUUUACUUUCUUAAUGUUUUAACAUUCCAGUAAUAGGAAUUUUAUAAUGGAAUAAACACAGAAAUGUGUUGAAUGCCAUUUGUGUAAUACAAUAUAGCGUAAACGUGAGGUGUGGAACCUGUAAUGUGAGAUAUUGCCGCGAAUCUCAUGCUGGUCAAUGAUUAGCCGUAAAUUAUGAAAUUGUAAAUUUCCAUUCGAAAACCUCUUCAAGUAGUCUUGGUUGUUGUAUCUGAGUCCUAAUCAGAAUGAAGGAGUUUGAUGGACCACAUUUGUCUGCUGGGACAUCACUUUGCACUGCUGGAAAUACUUUCAUCAGCCAUGUUGUUUCACUCGGUGAUAGGCAGCCACUCAAUUUUUUUAAUUUUCUUUUAAAAUAUUUUCUUAGGAAAUACAGUUUUGGUGUUUACGGAGACUCUGUGUGUAUGUGUGUACCCCCUGUAAAUCUACAAUGUUGCAGUGCCCAUUUGAAUCAGUAGAGGUCAUAGCCCUCUGCUUGUCGCCUUCUGGCCUUGAUGAUUUAUUCCAAACAUUGUUAGACCGCACAUACCUGUAUAACUUGCCUGUAUUUUUUAAUUGCACUAGUAAAACAUAAUCUAGACUCAUGAA